AUGAAGGCCGACAUUCGGGAGGAUGAGACGCUCAUCUAUGCGCCACCUGAUUCCAGUUCCUCAGACGACGAUAACCGCGAGCCCACCCAGAGCGCGCAUAAACAGUCCACGCGCAAGACUCUGAAACCCUCUUCUCCAUCCACGAAACGUAUUGCGAGCACAGCUGCCUCGACCAGACCCAAACGGCUGAAGCUGACGAAUAACCCUACGCUUGACACACUGAAACCCCUCAAAGACUCGACUUGCACCGACCCAUUUCCCGCAUGGGACUCGAGCGGGUCGCAGAAAAUAAAACCUCACAAGAGUUAUGCGAACCGCAGAUUCUUUCAAAAGCUGGAGCCCGUCGAGAGCAUGCCCCGGCCUCGCGCAGAAGGGGAGAGGUUUGUGUCUUAUGCCAAAGUAGAGAAGCAGGAAGAGAAGGCUUCCAAAACAACCUUCAUACACGUUGCCGACCUGCCUCUCCCAGGUAUUGUGAGAAAGCACAAGGCAGGCCACAAAAUGACCAUCCCACGCCUUCUAGGCGAGACACCGGAACCUAAAAAGGCGGAUUUUCGAUUACCAGAAAUACCAGACUUUUCAUCUUCCGGCGACGCGGAAAAUCCUGUCGCUUUUGAUGUGGAUUCGCCUCGAUCGGAAGGCCGUCGAAGGUCGGGGUCAACGUCGUCUUUGUCUUCCGUGGACGACAUGUUUCUACUCAUGCACAAUGACGAGUUCAAGAUAGAACCUGACCCAGCAUUGUCUGGAAUAUGCUGCCCGGUGUGUCGAAAGACUGUCCGAGACUCUAUCUCGCUCUUGGUUCCCGACAAUCUUCGAACCAUGCCUUUUCAACAACAGCAAAAGUUUUGUGCUCAACAUCGACUUGCAGAUGCACGGGGCCAAUGGGAAGAACGAGGCUAUCCUAAGUUAGAUUGGGAGAAACUGGAAACUUUCCGGAUACCAAAGAAAACCCAAGAGCUGAAACGGGUGAUCAGUCGGCAAAGAUCCUGUUACUACCUGGAUGAGCUGGAUGCGAAGAUCAAAGCUGCCAAGGGCAACCGCAGGGCCAUACGCAACUAUCUCAAUGAAGGUUUAAUUGACAUUGCUAAGCCGGGCUAUUACGGCCCCAAGGGUGCCCGAAUCAUGGUCCAUGCCAUUACAGAGUCACUCUCAAAGACUCUCAACAAGGCACUACAGUCGGAUUCGGCGCUUCGGACCGCUGGUGUCGGCGCAUAUGUGAGUGCAGUGUUGGUGCCUGAGUUGACUUUGCAACUGGUAAUGGAAGACAUGAAGUUACCGACGGCCAAGGAAGGCCGAAAGGUGCUGGACGAGAGUACUGACAUUGGGGUGCUGUUGAAUCCGGACGACGACCAUGUGGAACGCGAACAUGAUGGAGAGAACGAUUGA